AUACUUUAUAGUUUAUACACAACACAACACAGUAACCAAAGGAAGAAGAAGAAGAAGAAGAAGAAGAAGAAGGAGGGUUCAUCCAUGGAGCGGGAAGGUCCUCCAUUGAACGAUCUCUGCUCAGUGUGCCAUGGAAACUUCCACAUUCCAUGCCAAGCAAAUUGCUCUCACUGGUUCUGCGCCAACUGCAUCAUGCUGGUGUGGAACCAUGGAUCUGCGAUUCAACCAUGCAAAUGCCCCCUCUGUCGCCGCCCCAUUACGCUCCUGGUUCCUACCGAACAAGACUCCGCGUCGCACCGCCAGGAACCUGAAGUCGCUCACGUUCUCUCCCAAAUUCAAACCUACAAUCGCUUCUUCGGUGCCCGUUCCUCUGGUCCCCUUCAAAGAAUGCUGGAUCUCCCUUUUCUGCUGCGAAGGCUUGCUCGGGAAUUCUUGGACCCUCAGAGAUCACUUCCUCUUGUCAUCAGAGCUCGUGUUUAUAUUGCAAUGAUAAUAAGUGCUAUAUACGUCUUUAGCCCCAUUGACAUCAUUCCUGAAGGGAUAUGGGGAGUAGUUGGUCUCCUGGAUGAUCUCCUUAUUGUGCUCAUCUUCUUCUUGCAUGUUGCUGCCCUUUAUAGAUCAGUGCUUUACCGCCGUCAUGGUGGUUCCUGAACUACCCUCUUUGCGAUUGUACAGUUAAAAAUGAUGAAAUGAGAUGAGACCUUGGUGCCUGAUGCGGGCCUUUUCUUUCAUCUUGAAAAUUGACAUCCCCUGUUUUGUUUAUGUACAUAGACACAAGUUCACUCUCAAAUAUUUGUAUUGAUUUGAGUGAGAGAAAUGACAUCAGCUCACUCGUACCA